CGGCGGUUGUCGGCGGUUGUGGGGCGAGAAGCGGCUGGCGCGGCGCCGCUCUAGGAUAUGAAAGAUGGCAAGUCCAGAUAGAAGUAAACGGAAGAUUUUAAAAGCAAGAAAAACAAUGCCUGCAAGUUGCCGGAAGCAAGCAGAGAUCCUGAAUAAGUCAAAGAAUGUUGAAGCACUAAAAACAGCAGCAAUUGGGAAUAAUGUGUCAAGUAGUAAUCAGAAUUCAAGUACUGAUGUCAUAAGUAGCAAAUGUAGACAUUCUGAAAAUGAUGCUUCCUCUUUGGACUCUAUAAAAAAUUCAGUAUGUGCACCAAAAAGUAAAGUAUUUUCUCAGAACUUAAUAAAACCACUAGAAAUUGUUGAUUCGAAAACAAGAUUAGAAUACACUGAAGAACAAGUUGUGUACCCUUAUGAAAAGCCAAGUAAAACAGUAGAAUCUCCCAGGAAACUCUUCACACAAGACGCAAAAGAUUCACAAAACACUUCUGAAAGCCAUUUUGAAUGUCAGGCAAUUGUAACACGAUCCAUUUUUGAACAUGAAGAGGAUUGUAAUCUGAAAUCCAUUUGCUGUCCAUCCAGUGUAUUGAGUGGUGUAGUUCAGAUGUCAAAGUCUACAAUAACCAAUACCUUGGAUGAUAAGAGAACUGACAAGAUAGUUUCCUAUUUAGAAACAAACUCCAAUUCUGAGUUUCGUGAUAAAAGACAAAAUAACACUUUAACUUUAAAUUCAGAUAUCCCUUUUGUGCCUGUUGAUAAAAUACCUAACUUGGUAAAUUCAGUCAUUUCUAGUAACUGUGCUGCUGACAUUUUGAAAAGUGAAGAAUCCUGUAGAACCUGUCAUUCCAGCAUUUUAAGUUGUGAAAGUACAGAUGCAAAGUGGCUGUCCUCAUUUGACACUGAUAGUAAUAACAGCCAUAAUCAAAAGAAGAGGACGUUUUCAGAACACAAAGAAAAUGUUAAGCGUGUGAAAACUUCAGAGCAAGUUAAUGAAAAUAUUUCUCUAGCUCUGGGAAAGCAAACAGCAUUGCUGGAACAGGUCGGACAUUUGAUUCGACAGGAGAUCUGUAGUAUAAAUUACAAACUAUUUGAUAACAAACUGAAAGAAUUGACUGAACGCAUUGGGAAGACACAGUGCAGGAGUAAACAUGAAGCAAUAGCUGAUGAACUCUUUACAAAAAUAAAAAAACUUCAAAGACGUAUUAGAACAGUAAUGUUAUCUCGAAGGAAUUGUGUGGAACCAAACGUGGUAUCCAGCAAUACAGCUUGUAAGGUUGCAAAUUCAGAGACUAUGAAUUUGGAUAAGAAUCCAGAGUCAGUUAAUAGUCCACAGGAAAGAAAAACUUCUGUGAACUCUGAACCUUCUAACCCUUCAGAAAAAGCAAGUGAAAAGAUUAAUUUGUCAUGGGAACAUAAUGAGGCUGUUUCUGAAAGUAAAGAUGAUAUCAUGUUGAUUUCUGUGGAAAGUCCUAAUUUGACAACUCCAAUUACAUCAGAUCCAACAGAUACUGGAAAAAUUACAUCAGGAAAUUCUAACAAUUCACCUGAUGCUGAAACUGAAGCUAUGGCUAAAGAGAAGAAACUUGAUUCUGUGAUUGAUCUAACGAAAGAAGGCCUGUCACACUGCAACACAGAAAGUCCAGUAUCCAUGCUUGAGUCACCUACGAAAGCUAUUUCAAUCUCAAAAGAGACAACCCCAGAGGCACAAAAUGCAGCCCAGGUUCUUGAAUCCUUUGAGCACCUGCCACCUCUCCCAGAACUACCACCACUACUACCCGAACUGGUAGACAAAAUCCGAGACACACUUCCUCCCCAGAAGCCUGAGCUCAAAGUAAAACGGGUGCUGAGACCCAAGGGCAUUGCCCUGACUUGGAACAUAACCAAAAUCAAUCCCAAGUGUGCCCCCGUGGAAAGCUACCACAUCUUCCUGUGCCAUGACAUCCCUAAUAAUAAGAUGAGCUGGAAGAAAGUUGGAGAAAUUAAAGCUUUACCACUCCCAAUGGCCUGUACUUUAUCUCAUUUUUUAACUUCCAACAAAUAUUAUUUUACUGUCCAGUCAAAAGACAUUUUUGGGCGAUAUGGACCAUUUUGUGAUAUAAAAUCUAUUCCUGGGUUUUCUGAAAAUCUUACCUAAAAGUAAGAAAAGUAUUUGAUAAUUAUAUAUUGUACUACAUUUUUUUUUCAUACUUCAGUUGUUUGUUUACAAUGGUUCUCUAACCCUAUUCAAUGUCUUAAAGGGCCAGUUCAGAUUGUGAACCCUUUAUACAGGGACAGUCCUCUUCCCUAUGUUGUAAGUGGCCUCUAGUUUCAUGAAUUUCUGAUUUGCAUUCAAUAAAUACUUCCAAUGGAUAUGUUCUAAGACAUACACCAUCAUGGACCCAUGUCGCUAAGCUGUGUUAGUUACAAUACAUUCGGUAACUAUGGAGCUGCUGCUUCUAUCAGAAGCCCUAGGAUGCAAGCAACCACUAUUUCCUCUCUUGAAUAUCAGCUUUUGGUGACCUGCUUGUGGUCAGUAUAGGUACAGGAAAAUUCAGCUCUUUACUGAGGCCAGAUCAUCCUUGGGGUGCAUCUACACCAAGAUUUUAUGAAAAUAUGUCUUCCCGUUCUGUUCAAAUUCUAAGGGCUAUUAAUUUGUGCCCCUCCCUACUCCCCCCUUUUGUUUUAGGCCAUGUCAAUCAUUUAGGGAAAUAGUCUAGGUUUUCCCGAAAUCGGUUUGUAUACUUACAUAUGUAAUAAAACUACUUAAACGUAUGCUGUGUACACAAAAAAUACAGUAUCUCUUGUAAAAUAAAAAAUUACCCAACCUGCUAUUUCAGUGGAGGAAAAUGGAGUUGUCUGCCUUAGAUUUAAGGCUUUAAUUUGCUGAUUCCCUAAUGAGACCCUUUGCUUAUUUCCUGGCUACCGUCAUUACAACAUAACACUAAGGGGCUCCCAUAGAUGUCCUGCUUACCUCUGUCUGAGGGAACACUGAUGUGAGCUGUGGCUCCUACAAGUAGCCCAAGAAACUUGACGGGUGGGCAGA